UCAAUUUCUUGAAGAUUCACAUUUCCACAAUCGUAUUUUACCUCUACAAAAAGAGCAGCUUUUAUGGUUUGUUUUUUUCUCUCUCUUCAUUUUCAACAGAAACUCUACAUAGAUCAUAGUGGACCUUUGGGUGUUUGACACUUUUUGACUUACAAUACUACAACGAUUUGACAUUGUCCAACUAAAGGGACAUACUUAUAUAAGCUGGCCUCUUGACACUUACAGUAAUAAGUGUUAGGGACUAAUCAAGAAUGUGCUAGGCAAGGAAGCACAUGCAGGAGAGUCAGCAUGUGCUAAAAGUCGAGAUGAUCUUGCAUCAAGUCUGCUUGCCAGAAGGAAGGCUGGAACAUGACUGUGGAAUGAAAUAAAAGGAAGGAUUGGUGAAUGUGAUAAUGAGGUGCUAUUUCCACAUGUGAUGAACUGGAAUAGAAGAAACGUGGAUGUUUUCUACAGCUGGAAGCCUAUCGACAGCUCACAUCAAUGAGUUUUGGAAUCAACUCUACCACAUACCAGAGCCGGGAGCACCCAGGCCAUGAGAGUUUGAGAUUCAGCAAUCAUGAGGCGUAAUGAGGGCAGACAAGCCCACUCAGCCACUGAUAGAUUGGCGCUGAGCGGUCCGGGGAAUACGACGGUUCAGACUGUGGAGGGGAAGAGCGGGCGCUUGAUAGAUGGCUCAAUCAUUCAGACGUCUCCACAGCCGCCCUCCUUCUGGACCUGCGUUCACCGAGAGGUGCCAGCGAGGUGUACCAGCUCUCUUGUGUUUCUUGACAAGCUAUUUUCAGCAUCCCUGGUGGCUCCAGACAGGACAGCGGGGAUAAACGCUCGGUACAAGUCCACCUUGUUCAUUUGGCUCUGCUCGCCCAACAUAAAAGAAGCUUCUGGAAGGCUCAGGGCGGUCGUAUUGGACAGAGAGCAACAUGGCAACAGUUGGGGUCAGUGUGGAAAAGCAGCAUCAGAGGGAACUCUAGAAAGGACAAAAGAACCAGCAGAAGGUCCUACAAGAAGCAGUGGGAUGGAAUAUUGUCUAUUCUUCCUGAAGACAAAUACUCAGGAAGCCUCACCCAGAACUCGCACUCUCAAAGAGGCCCUGGAGCUCUCCAGGCCAGACUUCAUCAACCGAUCUAAGGAUCGAGUGUGGAGGAUGGAGGCGAGUGCGAGGAGGAGGAGGAUGGAGAGGAGGUGCGCCCUACUGACGCAAGACGUGCAAAGGAAAAAGUGCACCGUGCCGGAUCCGCACAGCGAUAUGCUUUUCAAACCAAAACAGAGGUCAAUAUCAGGCUGGGAGAUGCAGCAGAGGACCAGAAGGAUGUACUACAUGUUGCCUGAGGUGAAAAAGAGAAAGCAAGAGGCAGAGAGGAAAGCUUCAUCCCAAGCGAACAGAGUGCGAGUUCACCUCUUUAAGAAGAGACUCCUGGACAACAUCUUGCAAAGAUGAAACGGAUGUGCAGAAAGACAAAUAUUUAUGCUUUGUAUUUCAUCCAUAUGUUCAGUAUUCUUAAUAUUAUUGACUCUCAUCGAAACAGGUUUUGGUUAUAUUGUCAUUUUUAUUUAUUUUAUUUCACAUUUAUUUUGAACACUGCUAAAACUCAAAAUCUUGUCAGGAAUUAAAAUUGAGAUUUAAACCUAAAACCUAACUAUAACUUAAAAAAAGCUUAAAACAAAUGGAAAUUCAAUUGAAACACAUGGGAAAAACACCUAACUUUUAAGUGAUGUGUGUUAUCAAGCGUAAUGGCAUUUUUAGGUUAGAAAUAAGAUUUUUUUUUUUUUUUCCCCAUAUAUAAGAGCUUAAGUUUUUUGAGUGAAAGCAGUGAAUUUGUUGUU